AGAAACUCCUCAGCUCCUUACAUUAUUCGCAUUGCACUCAAUAGUGACCUGAGGCCUAUUGGCAGGGCGUUUCUCCCUGCGGACAUCAACAGUGGCCGGGUGGAGAAGUUGGAGGGUCCGUGUGUGCUGCAGGUUCAGAAGGUGAGGAACGUGUCGGCCCCUAAGGACAACGAGGAGUCUCAGGAGCCCCCAGGAUGCUGAGGCUGCAGAUGACAGACGGACACACCAACGCUGUGGGCCUCGAGUUCACACACCUGUCCCAGAUCAGCCUGAACACCCCUCCAGGAACCAAGGUGAAGGUCCUUGGUACGGUCCAGGUGAAGAACGGCAUUCUGCUUCUGGACGACUCCAAGAUAUCCGUCCUGGGAGGGGAGGUCGACCACAUGAUGGAGAAAUGGGAACUGCAAAGGAGCUUGGCCAAACACAGCAGGAGUAACAUCGGAAGAGAAGGUGGAGCCCCUCCCUUCGUGCCCUUCGGACAGAAGUGUGUAAGGAAUGAGGAAGUGGACUCCAGAGAGCUGGACACCAGGAAGACUCUGGUCAGCACCAGUGUGGUGAAGACGGCUGACGAGAACGAAGAGUUUGAGAAGCAGAGGCUAGCAGCCAUCGCUGAGGUGGCCAAAAACAAAGAGGGAACUCGGACGUUUGGCGGCGGAGGCAAUGCUGGCGGGAACCUCGUUAAUACUGGCGGUCGGGACCGGCGAGGCGGAGGAGACCGAGGAGACAGGGACUCGCACCGGCAGAGACGAGAGGAGAGGACGGAGGAGUCCAGCCGUCCAGAGGGAAACUACAGAGAGCUCGGGAGUUACCGGGAACAACCAAACUACCGAACGAGGCAAUUACUGCGAGUGGAUGAGCGGGCCCUAAGGGACAUUAUGGAGAUGGGGUUUGAUAAGGAGGAUGCUCGUCAGGCCCUGAUGGACAACAACAACAACAUGGAGGUGGCUCUCAACAGUCUACUGACGGGGACCUUCAAACCCCCCCACCCCGAGGAACCCAGCAGACCCCCACCCAGAGCAGACAGAGGAAGGGGUCGUGGUCGGGGUCGGUCCAGUAGGUUUGGGGGUGAGGAUGAGGAGGAGGGAGCAGGAGGAAGACCGUCAGGACCCAGCACUCUGUUUGACUUCCUGGAAUCCAAGAUGGGGAGCUUCUCCCUACAAGAGCCAAAGAGCCAGUCCUCCCAGAGGCAUCACGAGGGUAAGAUGGCUUUCCCUCCUAACAGCCAGUCCCAGGACAGGUACCCCCAACGCAGCGACAGGUCAGACGGGAGGAACGACUGGUCCAGGAACGACAGAUCACGGAAGGAGAGAAACGAGAGGAACGACAGAUCAGACUUCAGGAACGACAGGAACGACCGACCACCUCGUUUCCAGAGGGAUAGUGACAAGGAUUUCCCUAAACCUGGCCACGACCCCUCGAUCUCCACAUCCACCCCAGCCCCAGCUCCAGCAGGGGGCCGGCAGGGCCAGGAGAGAGCCCAGGACAGAGGCCAGGAAAGGGGCCAGACACAGGAGAAGGCCCCUCCUGGAGGUGGAGGAGGGUCAGAGAGGUGGAGAGAGGCCCAGCAUGAGAGACAAACAGCCAGGGAGGCCAGAGGACAGACAUCAGUGUUCUGCCCUGCUGCUACGUACCCCGCCCCCGGCCAGCGGAACAGAGAACCAGACGGAACCCAGGGGGAUUCUUCUGGUUCUAGAACCUUCCAGCAGGGAAUCAGAGUAGGUUCUAGUUCUGGUUCCGGAGGGUUCCAGAACCAAAGUCGGCGAGAGCAGCACUCGGUACCCGAUCUGUCGUUUAAUAAGAGAGGAGGAGGAGGAGGAGGGAUGAAGCAGGACAACGGACCUGCACCAGCUGCCUCUAAACCAGGCCAGCACCAGACAGAGUCCAGUUCUAACUGUGUAUCAGAACCUAAAGGGGUCCAGAGAUCUGACAGCGGAACAGACAACAGAGCUGAGCCCAACAGCAGACGGAGAGGAGGAGGGGGGAAGUCCCACAGGGAAAGGCCCAACUCUGACAACUUUGACCGUUACCGGGACAACGGACCGUCGAACUCCUCUACGUCGUGGGCGGGGCAAGAGAAGGACUGUAGCGCCGGGACGCAGGACUGGGUGUCCCGUGGUGAGUCUCGUCCAGUGAAAGGCCAAGUGGGCAGCGGCCCUGGCACGGGGCCACACCUCCAAAACGGUGACUCGUCAACGGAACACCGGACAGGGCCAAUCAAACAACAGAACUACUCCUCUGGUCCCGCCCCCAGGGAGAGGGAGGAGCCACACAACAGGAACAGCACUAACCCCGCCCAUAACAACUCCAACACCGCCCCUAAGAAGAGAACGGGGCAGGUCAAAGGGCAGAGGUCAGACCAGAGGUCAGACCAGGGGCAGGUUGGGACCAUGGAGCCUGCAGUGGCUCAAGGCCUGGGGAACUUGAAACCAGGAGACCAGGUUCUCGCGCUCUACUGGGAAGACAACAAGUUCUACAGGUCCAGGAUAGAUGCUGUUCAUCCCUCCGGUCUCACGGCCGUCGUGGUCUUCACUGAGUAUGGAAACUGUGAGGAGGUCCUUCUACACAACAUCAGACCGGUCAGCACGGACUUCUGGAAGGAAGAGGAGGGGCUAGAGUACCGGCGCGGGGGAGAUGGGCAGCCUAGGACCACCACGAGGACACGACCCACGGUCCAGUAUUACCAGCCGCCCAGGGCCAGGGACUGACCACAUCAUGGUACAGACAGGUAACACCUGGACACUAGGGCCAGGGACUGACCACAUCAUGACUGAGUUA